ACCCCCUCGUUUUCCUCCUCCUCCUCCUCCUGCAGGUUCAUAGCGGUGCUGCGCUGUUUAGUCUCAGCGGUAAACACUUCCAGCUCCGGGACUUUUCAGCAGAGUGUAGCCAUGCUAGGCGCGUUUAGCCAGGCACAGCAGACUGCCAAACCCAGCGGAGGAGACCGGGACAUGACGGAGUUCAUCUGUCCGGUGUGCCUGGAGAUAUUUGACUCUCCGAUGGUCACGGAGUGCGGACACACAUUCUGCCACAGGUGCCUUCAGGAGUGCCUGCGGCCUCAGAAGCCAGUGUGCGCUGUAUGCAGAGCUGCUCUGAAGAGAUGGACAGAAGCGACAGAUCUGGAGGCCUUAAUCCACACCUCAGCCAGACCAUGCAAGGGCUGUGGAGAUGAGGUUGUGUUGUCCAAGAUGAAGGAACAUACAGGGAGCUGCACCAAAUAUCAGGACUAUAUCCAAGAAGGUCUGAAGAACGUUGCAAAGAACCAACCUAAAGGACUCAGCUCAGUGCCAAACCGCUACACGUUCAGCUGCCCUUACUGCAGUCGGCCGAACUUUGACCAAGACAGCCUGGUGGAGCACUGCACUUCCCAGCAUGCCCGGGACCCACGCCCAGUGGUGUGCCCUAUCUGUGCCUCCAUGCCCUGGGGAGACCCGAACUACAAAAGCACAGACUUCUUUCAGCACAUCCGAAUAAGACACGGCUUCUCUUAUGACACAUUUGUGGAUUACUCUACAGAUGAGCAGGCUAUGAUCGAAGAGGCCAUUCAGCGCUCUAUCAUGGAUAAGUGAGCUGGAUCACAUGGAGGACGGGCCCCUGAGGCAGGCGUGUUAAAUGCCACACAGAAAUCUGGUUGAGUGAAAACAUUUGAAUGUAGCAUGUAAUCUAUUAUGUCUUAUUAUGUUAUUCCAAAUUAUUAUCUAUUUAAUAUUUCAUAUUUAUUUCCAGAUGUAUUUAACUUAUUCUGAGUAAUAAUAUCAAAUGCAUUGCAUUGGCAGAAAGUAAAGGUAUCUGCAGUUGAUUUCACUUAUUUUUACUCAGAAGAGGUGAAAAAUGCGUCUAGAUACAAGCAAUAUAUUAAGACAAUCAGAUUAUUAAAUAUAUUUCUAUAUAUUUAUUUGCUUAAUGUAAAUAAUAGCAUUAAGAUUAUCAUUGUAAGAUUCUCUUUUGCUUCAUUCAAGUAUAAACAAUGCAAAACUGCCAAAUAACUUCACUCAACAUCACUACUUGAAUAUGUAUGAAACCUCUCAAAGUUUUCAGUCUGUACUGUAAUCACAGUGACCACAUAAUAAGAAAUAUUAGAUAUGUCACUUAAAUUCACAAUAUUUUCACUCAGCCAGAUUCAGUGGAAGUUGGGAUUUCCUCCCCUAAAAAAUCUAUAAAACAAAGAUAAAUAAAUGAAUAAAAUGUUAAAACAUAAAGAAGCAACAGUAAGUUUCAGGGCUAUGUCACCCCAUUAUCAGAAGUACUUUGCCUUUAAUAUAUUUAACCAAAGCAGCCUGUGUGAAAAAUAUGAAACAGCUAGCAAAUAAUGUAGAAAUGAAAAACAUAUAGGUUUAAAGAGAUAAGAUGUUGUGUUGAUGUAUGGAGUGAGAUGUAGUCCGUUCUGUCUGUGAAUGCCUAAAAUCAGACACUUCUAUAACCAUAUUUCCUCUCACUCUUAUAUAAACUGUCUGUAAGGAUACUUCCACCUGAUUUUUCAAACAUUUAUGCUAAUUAAGUGGAUAAGUUGUAAACAAAGUCAUUCAGAGCGGUUUGGUGUGAAACCCUUCGUUCUAGAGAAAAUCAAAAAAAAUGUAGAACUGUUCACACUGGUGGUGAUAGGAACCAGACGUCUGAGGUUAAAGCCUCACAGAAAGUUAUUACACAAAAUGCUAAGAAUGUACUGCCUGAAAUAGUUUUACACUGUUACAUCAUUUAUCACUAUACCAUCAUCAUCAUCAUCCUCACACCGAAAACCUCGGAAGACGUGUAGUGGGGUUUUGAAAAAUCAAUAAAAUGGCUGUAUUUAUGACCUCUGUUUCCCAUCAUCACCACUUUAGAGAAGCCUGAAUGACGUUUCUCUAUAAUGAAUCAUUUCUUUAAAAUCAAACUACUCUUCCACUCAACUUGGAAAAAUUGGUGGAGUUUCCCUUUGAAUGGUCAAACUUGGUUUUUAGCGCUUCCUAACUUUAUGAGCUGGUGAAAAUACUGGGUUGUUUAAAGUCCCAAUCAGAAAUCAGUCAGAAAUUGCAGCAGCUGGAUUUAUUGCAUGUGUAGCUAUGGAAAUGCUUUUCAGACAGCAACAAAUAAACUGAAGGUGUUACUGAAGGUAAACUGAUAUAAAAGUGAACAUACAAAAUGAAUAUAUGUCCCAUGAUGCUAUGCUUAAUAGAGCAGUGAAGGACAAACAGUGACCCCACUCCCAAUAUGAAUGAAAAUCCACUUCAACAGAUUGAUCCUUUAAUGUCUGAAUAAGUUUAGUAUAAUAAGGAAAAGGCAGCAGUUUAUAAUAUUGUCAGUGUAAAAAAAAUAGUUCCAUUUUUUUCAGUGUUUACUUUUCUACAUCAUUUGAGUGCAGCAGUUUUCCUUCAUAUUGUAUGAAAGUUUCUGGACCAAUAAAUGGACCAGUGGAAAUUUGCUUGGAGAAAAAAAAAGUUACAUUGACUUACAUUUAAAGUUAAAUUAAAAUGCUUAUUUUAUUUUGGACAGUGAUGAUGUACAACAGCAUUUAUUUUAUUAUUAGUAGUAGUAGUAUUACUUGCUUGAUUCCAAGUAAUGUUCAUGCGUUAAUUUACAGUCACAUUGGUAUAUUUACAGUUGUUUGCAAAAGAUUGGAAACAUUGUGAAAACAAGUUAUAACAUCUUCUGCAGUGAACACAAUUCUGCAAAUUUUAAUGCACAAUUGUAUGUAUAUUUGCUGAAUAUCUAUUUCAAUAUGAUAAACUCCUCAAAUAAAUAGAUAUUGUGCAGAAAACUUGCACAAAAAUGGCAUAUUUUUUUAUAUCUGUAGAGGAUGUAUUUGCUUAUUUUCACUGAGAAAAUCAGCAAAAGGUACUUUGACAGGGAUUACUCAAGUAUUUGCAUACAACUGUGUUUUGUUGACCAGUAUUUGAUCGAUUUGAAGCAUUUCAUCAUUUGUGCUCAGACAGACUCAGAGCAAAGAAACCAUAGGAAUAAAGCAUUUGGGAUGUGGACAUUAAAGGGUCAGAUCAUUAAACGAACUGGACGAGACGUUUUCCAUUUUCGUUGUCAACCCUGCUCAAUACUUCAGUUGAAAAUAGGCCCCCAUGUUGUAAUGUUAUAUGAUUAUUGUCCUGUCCUGCACACAGAUGUUCUUCAGUAAAGAGAAUGGGUCUAUUAAGAACCAUGAAUAUUAUAUAGAACAAUUUCAUGCCUCAAUGGUUCUUUGCAUGGUGAAAUCGUUCUUCAGAUUGAUGGAGAAUGUGUUCUGUUGUCUAUACAGAACCUCUGUUGUCUAUAGCACUGAAUAGGGUUGUGUCAUCUCAAUAGCAGAAUUUGUUUUUGUGCUUUAUAGAACCAUUUUCAAACCAAAUUCUCUGUCAAUAUAACCUUGCAAAGACCAUGCAUGUGAAGAACCAUUUAAGCAUGCAAACGGUUCUCUGUAGAUGUCAUGGUUCUAAAUAGAACCAUUCUCUUUACUAAAGAACUCUGGAAGAACCAUCUUUUUUUCUUUUUUUUUUUUAGAGUGCAUGAUAUAAAUUUCAGUACACAUGCUCUCCCUUAAACAGACUGGCUAAAAUGCACACGGUGAGAUUGAAUUGCUGUCUACCUGUUCUAGAGGCCCAGCUGUGCUGAUGUUCUGGUGAUUUCUGAUCCGGGUCUUUGAACUGAAUUAUGUAAUAAUUAUAACAAAUAAUGUAUUUUCUCUCCAGUCAUGGCCUUUUAAUCAUGGACCACUUUUUUGUAUAUAUGCUGUUCACUCAUCCACUCAUAUCUGCAUCUGUUUCUGCAUCCAGAAUCUGCAUCCGUUUAUCUCUUCCUAGUCAUCAGUCGUCUAAGAGGGUCAUGAUGCAGCCACUGUUUGUUUCUCUGACUCCUUCUAGCCUGAUUGUACCACUCUGCCUUUAACUGAAGCAUGAAGUGAUCAGAAAGUCCGCUCACAGCCAUGUUAGUUUGUGUUCGCUGUGUGAGAUUUAAACUGAAACAGAAUGAAGAAGAAAGAUAGAAAAUGCUAGAGGACAUAAAAACAAUAAUUCAAAUCAAUAAUCCAUUAGUGCUGCUCAUCUAUAUCUCUUUAUUGACACUUUUAUGCAUAGAAGGGCUGUGCUGUUGCUUUUGAAUUCCAAUUCUGACCACUAGGGGUCAGUGUUGCUCCGUCUGUUCAUUGCUAUGUCUUUGCGUUGUACGUAAACUAGAGCUGGCUGCUCCUGAUGCAGCUGUUAACUGAACUCGUGCUGCUUUAGGAAUCAGGAUACAUCGUGUUUGCCUUUCUGUGCUCAUGAUUUAGUUGAUAAAAAGCACCAAAUCGAGCAUCGCUCUUGGAAAUAAAGGUUCCUAAAGUGGUUCUUG